GUCGUGCUGUUCUCAGGUCGUGUUGCUUUGUCGCCCACACUGGAGUGCAGUGGUGCGAUCUCAGUUCACUGCAACCUCCGCCUCCCAGGUUCAAGCGAUUAUCCUGCCUCAGCUUCCCGAGCAGCUAGGACUACAGGAUCUCAGCUAAACGGGAAGCAUUUUUGAAAAGUGAUUGCACAAUUGAGAGUGAAAAUUACUGAGUCCUGAACAGGCAACUUACAUUCUAAUACCAGCUCUGUCUCCAUCCAGCCGACUGAAUAGUCCUGAUUAAGUUACUUGACUUCCUUGGAUAUCUAGAUCCUUAAAGUUAAAGAAUUAUACAAGAUAAUAAUAUUUUCUUCAAACUUUAGAAAAUGACUUUAUGAACCGCCUUAAGUUUGUAUGUUUUCAUAGCUUUCAAGAGCUUGUUUACACACUCAAUUCUAGAUUCUAGAUACUUUCUAGAAAAUAACUGACUUAACUCAUUCAAUUGAUAUAUUUGUUAGUUGUACUCCUACUCAUAUGCUUCAGUUAAUUAUAUAUGUUGAACAGGUAGGAAGCAGUGCUGUUUUUAUUUAUUUUAAUAUGUUAUUCAUACAUUUGAAGAAUUAUGUUCUUUCUGUAGGCAGCUGAAUUUUUUUUUUUUUUUGAGACGAAGUCUUGCUCUUGUCCCCCUGGCUGGAGUGCAAUGGCAUGAUCUCGGCUCAUUGCAACUCUGCCUCCUGGGUUCAGGCAAUUCUCCUGCCUCAGACUCCUGAGUGGCUGGGAUUACAGGCGCCUGCCACCACGCCCGGAUAAUUUUUGUAUUUUUAGUAGAGACAGCGUUUCACUAUGUUGGCUGUGCUGGUCUCGAACUCCUGCCCUCAGGUGAUCCGCCUGCCUCAGCCUCCCAAAGUGCUGGGAUUACUGGCGUGAGCCACUGCUGCCGGCCGGCAGUUGAAUUUUAAGACUGUGGAGCUGGCUGAGGCAGUAAAUGAAACAAGAUUUCUUGAUGUUCCUUCCAGGUUUAUUAUGCAUGUAUCUUUAGAGCUGAUUUUUUUUUAAAGACUGUGUUUAUUGUAUUUCAGAUGCUGAGAUGAAUCGUCACCUGUGUGUUUGGCUUUUUAGACAUCCAUCUCUUAAUGGUUACCUCCAGUGUCACAUCCAGCUCCAUUCUCAUCAAUUUAGACAGAUACAUCUUGAUACAAGGCUGCAAGUUUUUAGACAAAACAGGAAUUGCAUUCUUCAUCUGUUAAGUAAGAAUUGGUCCAGGAGAUAUUGCCAUCAAGACACCAAGAUGCUCUGGAAGCAUAAAGCACUACAGAAAUAUAUGGAGAACCUGAGUAAGGAGUACCAAACACUUGAGCAACGUCUGCAGCAUAUCCCUGUGAAUGAAGAAAACCGAAGGUCCUUGAACAGAAGGCAUGCUGAGUUGGCACCUCUUGCAGCCAUUUACCAAGAAAUUCAGGAGACUGAACAAGCGAUUGAAGAAUUAGAAUCAAUGUGUAAAAGCCUAAAUAAACAAGAUGAAAAGCAGUUACAAGAACUUGCACUGGAAGAAAGGCAAACCAUUGAUCAAAAAAUCAACAUGUUGUACAAUGAGCUUUUCCAGAGCCUUGUGCCAAAGGAGAAAUAUGAUAAAAAUGAUGUUAUUUUAGAGGUGACAGCUGGAAGGACUACUGGAGGUGACAUCUGCCAACAAUUUACCCGAGAAAUAUUUGACAUGUACCAGAAUUAUUCGUGCUAUAAACACUGGCAGUUUGAACUUCUGAAUUAUACACCAGCAGAUUAUGGUGGACUACAUCAUGCAGCCGCCCGAAUUUCCGGUGACGGUGUCUAUAAGCAUUUGAAGUAUGAGGGUGGGAUUCACCGAGUUCAGCGCAUCCCCGAGGUGGGCCUGUCCUCAAGGAUGCAGCGCAUUCACACAGGAACAAUGUCGGUUAUUGUCCUUCCUCAACCAGAUGAGGUGGAUGUGAAAUUGGAUCCCAAGGAUUUGCGAAUAGAUACAUUUCGAGCCAAAGGACCAGGAGGGCAGCAUGUUAAUAAAACUGAUAGUGCCGUCAGACUUGUCCACAUCCCCACAGGGCUAGUAGUAGAAUGCCAACAAGAAAGAUCACAGAUAAAAAAUAAAGAAAUAGCCUUUCGUGUGUUGAGAGCUAGACUCUACCAGCAGAUUAUUGAGAAAGACAAGCGUCAGCAACAAAGUGCUAGAAAACUGCAGGUGGGAACAAGAGCCCAGUCAGAGCGAAUUCGGACAUAUAAUUUCACCCAGGAUAGAGUCAGUGACCACAGGAUAGCAUAUGAAGUUCGUGAUAUUAAGGAAUUUUUAUGUGGUGGGAAGGGCCUGGAUCAGCUAAUUCAGAGACUGCUUCAAUCAGCAGAUGAAGAAGCCAUUGCUGAACUUUUGGAUGAACACCUUAAAUCAGCAAAAUAAAUACUAACUUAUUAUUAUUUAUGAUUAUAUAAAUGAAAUGGACCUAUAUCAAGAGGCAGACUGAAGCUUGGAAAUCAUUAUGAAUAUUUGUAAAUUACAGCUUUAAGAACACUUUACACAUAAAUAUAUGUUUUGUAAUUAA